UCUUCUAAGAACAGCAAACGACAUUUCCAUCUACCUUAGUUUCUUCCCCAAAAUGGAAGGUUUCCUCUUCAAAGACCUCCAACCCUCUUCCUCUCAUCAUCAUCUUCUUCAGGGACAAUCCAGCAGCCAAGCACAUUUUCGCGGGGAUUCCAUCCAUCAUGGCGGCUACAAAGCUAAACCAUCCCCUGAAAGCUCCGACGAAAUUUCAAAUUCAGCUUCUUCCGAGGAAGCUGUAAUUAUUCCCCGCACCAAUCCUUCACCUCUGAUGAAAACUCCAGUAAACUUCCUGGAAUCCUUCCCCAACCUCCGCAGAGCCUCCGAACCAAUAUUAUCCCCUUCUCUUUCUCCUACAGGAACCAGCUUAUCCAACUUCCCCAACCUCACUCUGUUUUCACAUCCCCUGUUUUCGGCGGCCUCCCAGAGGACCAAUCAGCCCCCACCGUCCACUCACCGGUUCCCCAGCAGCCGGAUGCUGCUGGGUGCUGUCAAGACACAGCAGAUGAAGAACGCAGGUGGAGGAGGAGGAAGCAAGCUGUUCCGAGGGGUGAGGCAGAGGCAUUGGGGGAAAUGGGUUGCGGAGAUCAGGCUGCCGAGGAACAGGACUAGGGUGUGGUUGGGCACGUUCGAGACGGCGGAGGAGGCCGCGACGGCGUACGACACGGCGGCGUACAUCCUGAGAGGGGACUACGCGCAUUUGAAUUUCCCGGAGAUGAAGCACCAGCUGAAGGCGAAUCCCCUCAGCGGGAACACCGCCGCGCUCCUCGAAUCCAAGCUGAAGGCAAUCUCACAGCAACCGCAGCCGCAGGGAAUUAAGAAUAACAAUACUGAUAAUCAAAAUCCGAAGCCUCCGGCUGGGGCCGCCGCGGUUUUGCCACCUGAUCAGGAUGAGGAAAAGAGGAAGAGGAAGAGGAAAGAGGGGAGGUUGGAGCAGGGAGGCAGAGUUGCGGCGGUUGCCGGAGAGGCAGAGGAAGGUGUGAAUUGUGGUGGUAAUUGCGUGGAUGGGGUUGGGGUUCAGUUGAGUAGAAUGCCUUCCUUGGACAUGGACAUAAUCUGGGAUGCCAUUUCUGUUCCAUGACUCUGCUUCUUCUUCUAUUCUAUCUUCAUGCCCCAUUUUUCUCAGGCGUGCAGUGCAGUCGGUUCAUAUGGAUCCUUUCCUUUCUGUGUCUAGUUUUCAUUCGUUUAUUGUGUUUUGAGGUACAAAGAUAUUCGGUCUGCAUUACCAUUGACAUUGAUUGAUGGAGCUGCUAACUGCAACUUUGAGCUCUGGAUGAACAUAUUGAUUGGAGAGGACAAGUGGCUAUUUUUACCAUUUCAGGUUUCCUGUUUUUCGGCUCCAACAAGGCGUCAUCAGGAUUUGGAUUUUGCCAUAGGAGAUAAAUUUUCUGCUUUGCU